AUGGGUACACCCGGCAGGUUGGACAAGUAUAUAGUUCAGAAUAGGGCUGAUGCACGCUCACAUGUCCUUAGUGAACCGAGUGGUGGUGGUGUAGUGUUGGUUCGCCAGUGCCGGCCGAUACCGCGACCAGGCUGGCCGUCCACGGCUCUUCAAUCCGUUUCCACACCAGUGCGAUUUGCGAAACAUUUCUACGUACAUUGUGCAAGCUCUAUCGAAAUGUUGCCUACUACGGUGCUUCUGUUUGUGCUGCAUUUUGUCGCCGCUGAUAUACCAUCAUACAUAAAAGUAUGCCAGCGGAACGACCCAGAAGUAGACAAAUGCAUCAUGAACUCAGUUGACUUGCUACGGCCUAAGAUGAUAGAGGGUAUCCCAGAGUUAAACGUGCCAGGCAUCGAACCUCUAAGCUUGGGUCAGAUUGCGUUGGCUCGAGGCCCUCAGGGCGCCAAGCUGACAGCAGUCGUUAAUGAUGUCAAAGUUCGCGGACCAAGCAACUUUAUCAUACAGGAACUUAAGUCAGACCUAGACAAGAACAGGUUCGACUUCAAGCUGUUGCUGCCGAAGCUUGACUUCGCUGGCAAGUACAAGAUGGACAUCCAAGUGCUGCUGCUGCGACUCCAGGGCCGAGGGAACAUCACGGGAACCUUCCGGGACUACGCAUGCAACGUCACGAUGAGAGGACACAAACAGAAGAUCGGUGAAGACGAGCACCUACAGUUUGAUCCCUUCAAAGUGAAACUCCGUGUCGGUCAGUCGUCCAUCUACUUAACCAACUUGUUCGACGGCGAUCCAGUACUGGGACCUGCUACCAACAGGGUCAUCAACGAAAACUCACAAGUCUUCCUACAAGAAAUCAGUCCGGUCCUAGAAAAGAGCCUUGCGGACCUCUUCACAGAAAUGGCUAAUAAAAUAACAUCAAAGUUCACUUACAAAGAAUUAUUCCCGUGAUCCGUGCGCAUAUAGGAGUAUACAGUAAUUUUAGUUUAUUUGUGAUUUCGUAUGUACGUCUGUUUUUAUAUUUGUUGGUUGUUAAUGUGUCGAAAGCUUGACAAAGAUCCAAAAAGUAUUAGGGUUGAUCUACACCACAUUGAAUCUCAUUAUCGUCUAUUAUAACUAUCAUUUUUAGUUCAUAUCUUGGUUCAUUAAAUUCAUUUUGAAGUCAACCCUAAAAUGCUAAUUUUGUACAGUGAUUAGUGUCAGAGUUAACAGAUGUUAGAUAUAAGGUAUUGGUAAUAUAAGUGGUAAGGUAAGUUUGUAAAUAAAUAGUGUAGUAGGUAUAGUAUUAUUUAACUAAACCUGUACUGGCUGACGCAACCUGAGAUUGUAUGAACAAAUUCUGGAAAUGGAUAAAUGAACAAAUAUAAACGUAUUAUAUUAUUGUGUGUAUUAUAGUUUAUUAUAUAUGUUUUGUAUUAUAUCUAUUUUAAUAAACAUUAUUCGCCAAAUAUGCAAAAUUAUUUGCACUAAAUAAGAUAUACUGUUAUUUUACUAUUAUAUGAGUAUAUUUAAUAAUAUUAUCUUUAUUAAGCUUUGCUUUACCUCUUCUGAAGUCCUGUGAAUGUAUUUAUAUAAUUAUACGUUAUUUAAUUUUGUGUAUUUAAAUGUCAUGAGAAUUAAGUUUUAUAACAGGAUAUAAUUCCAUUAUUAUACUGCACAUUAGUAUGUAAUAAUAUGUAUUAUUUUAAAAUUGAACAUUUACCCAUAUUGAAUAUUUAUUAUAAUAAUAUUAAAACACGCACUAUUUUAUACAAAUGUGGUUGAAAGUAUUUAUCCGUUUUCCUUCGCAUUGAAGUUUCCAUUAGAAUUAAAGUUGUAAUUACCACAUCAUUGAUAUGUGAUAUCAGAAGAUAAUGUAAAAAUAAAAUUUGUC